UCAGUGCGCCUGCGCGGUAAACUUCAUUCGAGGAAGUGGUAGCAGAAGCGACUGAACGACAGAGGAGAGUUUGUUGUUUAUUCCCCGUUUGAAAGAGGACAAAACAGCACGCAGCCCUUUCAAAAUGUCGGGAUUUGAUAGCAACCCGUUCGCAGCGCCUGCCAGCGACAACCCCUUCAAUGACCCUUCGGUCACACAAGUGACCAACUCCAGCGUAGAACCAGUUGACCAGUACAACCCUUUCCCUGCCCAUCCCACAGAUGGCCUAGCUGCUCAGACCACUCCAGCCUCCACCUCUCCCUACCAGCCCGCUGUGUUACAGCCGUCUACAGAGCCCAGUCCGCAGGCGACUGCUGCUGCAGCUCAGGCCAAUCUGCUGAGGCAGCAGGAGGAGCUGGAGAGAAAAGCUGCCGAGUUGGACCGCAGAGAGCAGGAGCUACAGAGCAGAGGCCCGACAGGUAAAGCGAACAACUGGCCUCCACUUCCAAAGUUCUUCCCCAUCAAACCUUGUUUCUAUCAGGACUUCUCAGAGGAAAUCCCCCCAGAGUACCAGAGAGUCUGCAAGAUGAUGUACUAUCUCUGGAUGUUCAACUGUAUGACUCUGUUCCUCAACCUGUUGGCUUGUUUGGCUUACUUCACCACUAAUGCGAGCUAUGGUGUGGAUUUUGGCCUCUCCAUCCUCUGGCUCAUCCUCUUCGCUCCCUGCUCCUUCCUCUGCUGGUACCGGCCCGUCUACAAGGCCUUCAAGACUGACAGCUCUUUCAGCUUCUUCUUCUUCUUCUUCGUGUUUUUCUGCCAAGUGGUGAUCUUCAUCAUCCAGUCUGUAGGCAUCCCCAGGUGGGGGAACAGUGGUUGGAUUGCUGCCUUCACUGUCAUCAGCAUAAACAAAGCAGUGGGAGCCAUCAUGAUUAUAGUGGCCAUCCUCUUCACCAUCUGCGCUGUGCUGUCUGUCAUCCUGCUCAAGAUGGUCCACAGCAUGUACCGCCGGACCGGGGCCAGUUUCCAGAAGGCCCAGCAGGAAUUUUCACAGGGAGUCUUCACGAAUAAAACCUUCCAAACAGCUGCUGCCGGUGCAGCGUCCUCCGCGGCCCAGGGAGCCUUCCAGGGAAACUAAGAGUAGACUGAGCUGAGCUCCAUUUAACAGGUCAAGGUCUAUAUGUUAUCAGGUUUACAUUAUAAACAAAAAGCGGAAACAAGUGGAAUGAAGCAGGAAGUUCAGGUUCAUUGAGAACUUGUUGGUUGGCAUGAAAGUAGCAGGAAGUUAUUGUGACUCUGGUAACAGCCUCUGCCUUUUGGAGCCAGCAGCUGCAAAUGAUAAUCUAACCUUAUAUUGUAUAGACCUUGAGCUAGGUGAGGCUACAUUAUUAGCCUCCCUCGUUUCACCCCCACUAUCAUUGCACAUGUAAUUCCCCAUAUUAACUUUGCUUUACACUCUCAGCAUGUCUCCCACAGAGUGACUUCUUCUGGCUCUGUUUGGGUGUAAAAAGCAGUGUAGGGGAAAGUCACACAUCAAGUGCAUUCUGGAGUUGAAAGCAUUAAUGAAGUUGACUCAUUGCUGCUCCAGUGUCCUGGCUUUGUAUAUUUUGUGUGCACUUUUUUGGCAAUGCUCUUCAGUGUAUUAUGUGGCCGUAAGUAAAUGUGUGUGAGUGCGUGCGUGUACUGGCAUGCUGCUCAUGUGUAUUCAUGUGGGUGCAGUACGCUUCUGUUUCUCCACGCUGAUGGUGGACCCUGAUCCUGUAAUAUAAAUAAGAUGAAGUGUUUCUGUUUGUCAUUGAUUGGUUGUUUUUUUUCUGUCUCAAAAGCAUUUCUUCUUUUUCAUUGCACUUUUUUGGCAAACCAUCUCUUGCAUGCCGCAAAUUUCAGUCUUAAAAGAAAGAAAAAUAACUGUAAUGAAUGCAAUUAACUGUAAUAUGUUACUGAUAAUAUUCCCCUCAUCUGCGGCUAAUUAUUCAAUGGGGAAAAAUUGCCCCCCCCCCCCCAAAAANNAAAAAAAAAACAAACAACAACAACUUAUGUCUGAAACCAAAACGUCCCAAGAUCUUUAUGAAAAAUUACUAUGAUUAGUAAUAAUAUUUGUAUAUUUUAGUAUUUGAUAUCACAUGAGAGUUUCUCCAUAAAGAUCACAUCCGCUUGUGAAUAAUGAAAGUCUUUUGGGUCAAUCAAUUUCAAGUAAAUUAAAUUUCUGCUUUAAUUUAGACUACAGAAGCAGCUUCAACUACAUCUUUGAUCUUUCACUGCUUUGCUCAAUAGUUGUUUCUUAGGAAACCAAAGUAAUUCUGACAAAAAAAUUUAAUAUUUUGCUAAUAAAAUAAAUGUAUUUACUUCGAGCAGACUGACACCAAUUCUUGCUAUUUCCUUUAAUAGGCUGAGCCUGCUAACAGUAUAUGCGGGGGGAGGAACAUCUUAUUUUUAAAUGAGGAUUAACAGUGUAGAAAUCAGCUAGUGUGAAUAUUUAGGAAUAAUCAGAAAAGAUCUCGGUCUUAGAUUUUACGGCCCUGAUGUGUAUCUGACUUUAAUGUCUACUUGAGUGGUGUAAUCUUGCCAUAACUUACCUUACUUUAAAAAGAACCAGUGUCUCAACAUCACCAGUAUGCAGCUAAGGUAUUGCAUUUUUACUGUUUCUCAUAGAUGGUUUCACUUCUUAAAAUGAUUCUCGAAAGUCUUCCUUGCAGCCACCUACCACCAAGUUCUAAAUUAUUUGUGUAUUGAUGUAUAUUUUGUAUGUGAUUUCUUACAUUGAAAAACAUUCAUACAUACGUGUUUAUUUGAUGUACUGUUUUAAAACAUCAGCUUAGAUGUAACAUAUUAGCAUUCCUAAAGAACAAUUGCAUACUCAAGACAGUUUGUGUGAUUUCUUGCAACGGACAUCGGUCUAAUUUACAGUUUGAUCUUACAUCCAUUAUAUAAUAUAUAAGAUUUGUAUUCAUUCACACAUCUCUGUAUGCAUUGUGCUAGGAGAAAAGAAUUCAGUGCCUUUUGUAUUUCAAUAUUGAAUAUUGCAUCUAAUAAAAUGCUUUGCUUUCAUUUAAA